AUUGUUUUACAUAUUCAGUCACGAGGGGGAAAAGAAAAUCCGCCUCCAGCGCUUGCCAAUGAACUGAGUGCUAUUGGAGGAGGAGAUUCGAGUAUUUUGAGCUUGACCCUAUUGAAAGCGGGUUGUGUAUUAAUUUCUGGGCAAGGUUGUUGUAACAAAACUGAGCAAAAUAAGAUGUCUGGCGAUUGCAAGAAAGGCGAGUUGGAGAGCGGAUUCCAACCACCUUUUGAGCAUUUUUCUACCCAGGCGCUUCAUGCGGGACAGGAUCCCGAACAGUGGACGUCGAUGGCAGUGGUGCCUCCAAUAUCGCUGUCUACUACCUUUAAACAGGCUGCUCCGGGAAAGCAUGCAGGCUUUGAAUACAGCCGCAGUGGCAAUCCUACACGGAAUUGUUUGGAGAAAGCUGUUGCAGCAGUUGAUGGAGCAAAAUACUGUUUAGCAUUUGCAUCUGGUCUGGCAACUACAAUGACAAUUGCACACUUGUUGAAGUCUGGUGAUAACAUUAUUUGUAUGAAUGAUGUAUAUGGAGGUACAAACCGAUACUUCCGCAGAGUUGCAUCUGAAAUGGGCUUGGAAGUCUCUUUUAUUGACUGCACAUCAUUGGAAUGUCUGGAUGCAGCUAUUAAGCCAAACACAAAGCUUGUCUGGAUUGAGACUCCUACUAACCCGAUGAUGAGUGUCCUUGAUAUCAAGGGUUGUGCAGAAACUGUACACAAACAUGGAGAUAUCAUUCUGGUGGUGGAUAACACUUUCAUGUCAGCUUAUUUCCAGCGUCCUUUGGCUCUUGGUGCUGACAUCUGUAUGUACUCUGCAACAAAGUACAUGAAUGGUCACAGUGAUGUAGUCAUGGGAUUGGCCUCAAUGAAUCGUGAUGACCUCCAUGAGAAGCUGAGAUUCUUGCAAAAUGCUAUUGGUGCAGUUCCAUCUCCAUUUGACUGCUACAUGUGUAAUCGUGGGUUGAAAACUUUAGCCCUUCGAAUGAAACAGCACUUCAAGAAUGCGUUGGUUGUAGCCCAGUUUUUGGAGGUGGAUCCUAGAGUAGAGAAAGUUAUUUUUCCAGGUCUCCCUUCUCAUCCACAAUACAAUCUGACGAAGCAGCAGUGCACUGGAAGUUCGGGUAUGAUAACUUUUGUAAUUAAAGGAGAUUUGGAAAAUGCCACAACGUUUCUUAAAAACUUAAAACUGUUUGUCCUUGCUGAGAGUUUGGGAGGAUAUGAAAGUCUAGCGGAGCAUCCAGCAAUUAUGACGCAUGCUUCUGUCCCGAAGGAGGAACGAGAUGUAUUGGGAAUAAGUGACACCCUAAUCAGAUUAUCUGUUGGCUUGGAAGAUGUAGCAGACAUUAUUGAGGAUCUACAUCAAGCAUUAAAAGCUGCACAUCCAAAUGUGGUGAUACCUACUGAGCAAAUCAACAGAUUCCUUUGCAAUUAAUCUUCGUGUUCCAUUUGGAGAAAAUGCAUUUUGUGGAUGAGGAAAGACCUCAAAAGAAGAUUUGAUUGAUUAAAACAUUUUGUAUCAGUUAGGAAGUUUGAAGCUCUGUUUAAUUACAGCCUUUUAAAAUGUUUUGACCUGUAAUAAAAUAUCACUUGUGACAUUGCAA